GGAGUAUCGAGUGGAGUGGCCGCUGCCCUUCGAGCUAAAUGCUAAUAGGCUAACAGUAAAGCGACAACGUGAUGACGGAAAUAAAUAGUUAAAAAAAAACAAGAUGAAAAGAUUCAUCUUUUGAUGACUAGCAAAUGUGAAGUGGGGACCGACCUCGCGCUGGCGGCCAUCUUGACUCGACUGAAGGUCUGUUUGUUUACAUUACGCAGUGCAGUAUUUGUUGUAUUUACAUAUUAACAUUGUAGUUUUUCGACUUCUAUCCUACUUAUUAUUAUUGUUGUAACUUUAAAGACUGGCGAUGACGUAACGUGACCUAGCUAGCAACACUAAACUGCUGUGUGUGUGUGUGUGUGUGUGUGUGUGCCCCGGAUGCCUGCAGACACACACAUCUGUGACAGGCCGUGUGUUCUGUCAGUAGCAUCUGGACCGAACCUGCAGGCCUCAUGAGGUCCUCGUGUGACCUGCUGGGUGUGCGCGCGUGCGUGUGAUGUAUGCUACGUGUCAUUUUCAGUCAGUGUUGCGUUCGCUGAAGACUUUCUCAACGAUGACGUUCCGUAGAGGCAGAUGGUGCAGUUGCGGUGUUUGUCCACUAGAUGUCAGCAUCGUCCCUGUCUGUAAUGCCUCCCAGCAUCGAGCCAUAAAGCAGUCAAAUAUAAGAUGCUGUCUUGCACUUGCAUGAGAUGAAAGCUGAUUUUUUUUUAAAGUGAUGCAAUGCACGUGACUCAAGCAUCAACUGUGAUUUUAACACAGAGCAGAGAAAAAUCUCAAUAAUAAGGCUAACAUGAGCAUGGCAGCGAGCGACUUAAGAGGAACUAAAAAGGAGGAAUGUACAGACCCGUCUGAAGUUUGUCACCUGCAUGACUCAGACAAAUCUUGGAAUACGAUAUAGUCACAUGACACCAAAAUGGAGGUCCUUCGCAUGAGGAGAAACACCCCAAAGCAGAAUGUUUCCACCUCCAUGUUUCACAGUAGGGAUGGUAUUUUGGGCGUCAGUCACCAUUUUCUAUGCCUCCAUUUCUUGUUGUCCAAUGUCCGUUCUUGUUGAGGUCCUUCAUUGGCUUUUUGGUCUUGCCCAGGGUGGGAUGAAAGCAGUGCAAGGCAAGGCAAGAACCAAGUGAUUUAUUGAAAUAGAUGUUCAUUAUAUUCAUCCACAAGCAGCAGUGAUUCCACGUCGACUGGUUUGAACCCAAGAAAGAAGGAAUCCAGGUCAUGAUGUCAAGAUGAUGAAAGGAGUUUGAUGAAGACCAAAGCACAUGAAUCCAAGUUGAAGAACAUCUGGAGGUGCAACCGGUGUGCCGGCCGCUGUCUCACUCAGCCUUCAGCCAUCAUUCUCUCUGAGAGCUCGGCGCUGCGAUCGCCAGCUGGGUGGUAAUUGGCUGAAACGGAAGAGAAACAAGGUGAAAUGGACUUUUUCCUCACGUCACACCGUGUUUCUAUGUGAGAGUGUGUGCUCUGUCUCUGUGGAUCUUUGAGUGUUUGGCUGGAAGUCAACUACAACAUGGCUGCAUCAACUGAAUGCACUGAAGAAGAAGACGACGGAGAACAUUGGUGUCCCUCAACUUGAUGACGAAGAUGACGACGGCCACCAGAAGGACAGCCAUGGCCACCACCGUGGCAACAACGGUGACGCUCAUGUUGUCUGUUGAGAGCACAAGUGGAGUGAAGCAUGAAGAGGAAACCUUCACGACUACUUUGCAUGCAAACGUCACCCAUGGUCACGGUGCCAUGGAUCAAUAACGAGGACAUUUGGACUUGUGAUGGGAAACAUCUCCAAUGUGCAGUUCAACUGAAUGUGAAUUCUCACCUUCACGGCUGGCGUUACUCAGGAUGCUUCUUCUCUCCAGCUUGGUGACCAUGUCCUCCUUCACGCCAGACAGCUGAAACACACAUUCGUACUUGCCCUCCACGUCGGCCGUCCUCGUGGAGCUCCUCCCCGUCUUUCCUCCAAAACAGGUGAGCUCUGUUUGGGGUAGAAACGUGUCCGGAGAGGACGCCAUCUUCCUGAGGAGGUGCACCUCUGGAAGCUCUGCACAGGAAGAGAACAACGUGGAAAGAAGGGGGCGUGCUAACGUGGUUACAAUGGUGAAGAUAUGUGGUGUGCCUUCUACCUGUUCUCAGUAGGACGUCCCUCCCAUAGUUGACAUACUUCUUCAAAGCCGGACAUUAGCACUCAUCGGCGGCCAUGGCGCGGAGGUUCUUCGUGGGAGGAAACUGGAAGAUGAACGGCGACAAGGAGUGCUUGGAUGCGCUCAUCGGCAGCCUAAACGCGGCCAGCCUGCACGACGACACCGAGGUGGUGUGCGCGGCCCCGUCCAUCUACCUGGACUUCGCUCGCUCCCGUCUGGACCCCCGAGUCGGCGUUGCGGCCCAGAACUGCUACAAGGUGGCCAAGGGAGCGUUUACAGGGGAGAUCAGCCCAGCCAUGAUCAAGGACUGCGGGGCCGACUGGGUGCUUCUGGGACACUCGGAGCGCCGCCAUGUGUUUGGUGAAAGCGACGAGCUGAUUGGCCAAAAGGUGGCUCAUGCGCUGCAGAGCGACCUCGGCGUGAUCGCCUGCAUCGGGGAAACGCUGGAGGAGCGCGAGGGCGGCACCACAGAGGAAGUGGUGUAUGCUCAGACGCAAGCCAUCGCAGACAAUGUGAACGACUGGGCCAAAGUGGUUCUGGCCUAUGAACCCGUGUGGGCCAUCGGCACGGGCAGGACGGCCUCGCCUGAGCAGGCUCAGGAGGUCCACGAGAAGCUGAGGGCGUGGCUCAGAGCCAACGUGUCAGACGACGUGGCCGACGCGGUGCGCAUCAUCUACGGAGGGUCCGUCACGGGAGCCAACUGCAGGGAGCUGGCGUCUCAGGAGGACGUGGACGGCUUCCUGGUGGGCGGAGCCUCGCUCAAGCCGGAGUUUGUCGACAUCAUCAACGCACGCGCUUGAGGGGAAGCCAAACCAGCACGGACCUCCGCCGAGAUUCAAGUCAAGGGGGGCUUUUUUUUCUUUUUUAUGUGAAUAAUAUACUAUUAUGAGUAUUAAAGGAUUAACUUAGUAUCUUAAGGAAAUAUGUUUUUUUUAAGUUCGGUUGUGGAAAAAGUUAUGGGAGUAAAGUCAGAAUUUGUUUUUCAAGAAACUUGAAAUACUUAGAAAAUCUGGAAAAAAAACAGCUGUAAUUUUACAAGAAUGAAGUCAAAAUAUUCAUAAAAGUUGUACGUUUAGUAGCAUAGAGUUGAGAUAUUACAUAUCAAAUAUUUGUAGUGUGAGAAACAAAACAAAAUGAAACUAUCGUUUGUGGAGAACUGAGUUGGAGAAAAAGUUGUAAUAUGGCAUAAUGUCACAAUUCAUUCAUUUUCUACCGCUUAUCCUCACGAGGGUCGUGGGGGAUGCUGGAGCCUAUCCCAGCCGUCUUCGGGCAAGAGGCGGGGUACACCCUGGACUGGUGGCCAGCCAAUCACAGGGCACAUAUAGACAAACAACCAUUCACACUCACAUUCAUACCUAUGGACAAUUUGGAGUGGCCAAUUAACCUAGCAUGUUUUUGGAAUGUGGGAGGAAACCGGAGUACCCGGAGAAAACCCACCCAUGCACGGGGAGAACAUGCAAACUCCACACAGAGAUGGCCGAGGGUGGAAUUGGACUCGGGUCUCCUAGCUGUGAGGUCUGCGCGCUAACCAAUCGACCCCCGUAAAGUCAAAAUAUAAUGGGAAUAAAAAUGGGGAAAUAGACCAAAGACUGAAAUUCACAUUCAUUCAUCUUUAUUCUUUAUUCAUUUUCUACCGCUUAUCCUCAUGAGGGUCGUGGGGGAUGCUGGAGCCUAUCCCAGCUGUCUUCAGGCGAGAGGCGGGGUACACCCUGGACUGGUGGCCAGCCAAUCACAGGGCACAUAUAGACAAACAACCAUUCACACUCACAUUCAUACCUAUGGACAAUUUGGAGUGGCCAAUUAACCUAGCAUGUUUUUGGAAUGUGGGAGGAAACCGGAGUACCCGGAGAAAACCCACGCAUGCACGGGGAGAACAUGCAAACUCCACACAGAGAUGGCCAAAGGUGGAAUUGAACCUUGGUCUACUAGCUGUGAGGUCUGCGCACUAACCACAGGGCCACCGUGCAGCUUCAUAAUACUUCAUAAUAUACUUUUUAUGCCUAUAUCACAAUGGCUGAAAUGCCAUUUUUAUGUCUUGAAAUAUAUCAAACUACCCCGCCUCUCGCCCGAAGACAGCUGGGAUAGGCUCCAGCACCCCCGCGACCCUCGUGAGGAUAAGCGGUAGAAAAUGAAUGAAUGAAAAUGAAUGAAUGAAUGAAUAAAAUAUAUCAAACUUCUUAGCAUAUGACACCAUUUCAAAUGUGAAAUUGCAAACUGUUUAUUUGACACAUUUUCAUUGAUACACUUUCUUAGUUUUCUUUGAAAUUCUUCUUUAAAAUCUCUUGUGGGACAUUCAGCACAAAGCAAAAGAACAAAGUGGUGUAUUGACGAGGAAGAGGAGGAGAAAGUAAAGAGGAAGAGUGUGCAUGUUGGCUUCCUGGUCAUCUUUUUCAAUUCAACUAAUAAUAACAGUGCAUGUCUGGCUUUUCAACUCAACCUGCAUGUGUGUGUGUGUGUGUGUGUGUGUGUGUGUGCGCGUGCAUACAGGUCAUGAGUCCAGUGCAUAUUCUUUUUUUUUUGCAUGUGUGAUUUCCUCAUUCGACCAUGGCUUGGUCUGCGUGUGUGUGUGUGUGUGUGUGUGUGUGAGUGUGUG